AUGCAGAACCCACUAGCCGUACUGUUCCUCGCAGGGCUCUUGCACGGUCCUGUCUUUGCCAGUGCUGGAGCCAUCAGCAGAGAGAUUGAGCAGAGGAACCUAUUUGCAGAGAGGGGCUGCUGCAGGAGACAGAGCUAUUUUCUCCAUGUCGGGCAUGAUGUCUCUGGAAGUCCUGUAAGUGUGGAUGUUGGAAAGUGCAGGUCCAACUGUCUGUCCCAGUGGAUUAGCUCCCACCAGCCUGGCCUCCUGGGGCUCUCCAGACACUCCUCCAUGCUGGAUUUUCUCAAAACUAAGAAGCUGCAGGUCAGACGUCCCGAUUCAGCUCUGUGGCCUGGAGCUGAGCGUUCCUGCCCACCAGGUUCCUGUUGUGAGCCCACUCGUGUGCAUGUGGAGCGGCUCCUGCUCUUCGAAGGGGUCCAGGAGGUGGAGGUGAUUGAAGGCUGUCAGUGCAGCACAUGCCCCGAGGAGUGUCUCCGUCUCCCAGCUCUGAAAACCUUCUUUCCAGACUCUCCCUGGGAGGUGACAGUUGACGUGGGAAAGUGCUCUGACCCAUCCUACAGUGCAGGUGGACUUUCCUGUCUGCCCACAAAGUUUAACACUGCUCUGGUCAAAAACCCAAGUGGCAAAGAGGUAGUUCGGAUGCUGGAGAACUGCGAAAUGAAGGAAAAAUGCUAUCGGGUUUCCCAGGUGGAAUAUUAUUACGAAAUUGUUCACAGCUCCACGGGACACAGAGAGGAACGGCUCAAGGAAAUUGAUGUGGGAAGGUGCUUGGGCAGCUGCUCCUCAGGGGAUCCCUGCUUCCUUAGGGAGUCACAAGGCGGAGAGAAAUGUCUGGUUCGGGGAGAAGCUACCUCCAGCCGCUGCGCCCCUCACCGGUACGAUGUACACACGUUCAGGAGCCGCAGAGACCGUGUUCGCACCGUCCUUGCCAUCCAACAGUGCAAGUGCAGGGGCUAGUGGCUCUGGAGACUGGGCAUCAGGGCGGGAAUGUAGCCGGGCUUGUGGCCUGCCAUGC